UGGUGACGUCACUACGUUAUUGUCAGUAAAGACCGGUGUGACACAAUGGCAUUAACACCUGUCAGAAACCGGAUAUAGAGACAAAGGAAACUUACUGGUGUAACCGUUGAUCUUACCGGCUUAAAUAAACAAUUACAUCUGCUUAAAGAUUGCUGCCGAUUUCAAUCAAUUUGAGUAAAAGCCGUUAGCGAAUUAUCAACUUAGUCACACAAUGAAUAUCACAAAGAGGCGUCACAAGCGUCUAGUCUGAAAACAUCCAUGACAAAUGCGCAGGCUGCAGCAAUAUCCAAAAGUGAAGCGGCUGUAGUGUCGGCUAUGACUAAUGUGUACUUUGCUGCACAACUGUAUUUUUUUUGUGCUUGUCACACAGGCAAAUACAUUGAUUUUAUGUUAAAAUCUUUACCAUGUCACAACUUGUAGAGGUCAACACGUUUCAAAAUGUUGGCUACAAAGCAGUUGCAAUAAACAUUUUUAUACCAGAGUUAACUCAAACAUCAAAGAAGAAGAAAAGCCAGCAGCAGGAUAUUGCCCCUGCAAAGAGUCUCAAAUUGAGUGAUCUGGAGCUUCAGGAAUUGUUAGGUCCCACAUGGAAAUCCUUUCGACAACUGACCCGAAUAUCUGCCACUCUCGCAGAUGUGCAGCAUAACUUUGUCAUGUCCACAGACAUCGUUCAGCAGUAUGACCUUGUAGCUGUGCAGCCAACCACAGACAAAACUUUUUACCAAGCCUGUACAGCCCUGAAUGUUGACAUUAUCACUCUUGAUGUCACAGAGAAGCUACCAUUCAAACUGAAGAGGACCACUAUUAAUGCUGCUGUGCAGCGAGGUAUCAAGUUUGAGUUCCAGUACAGCCCGGCUAUCCGAGACUCUACCCUGAGAAAGUACUUUAUUGCAAAUGCUCAGCAGUUUGUUUUCUGUGACAAAGGCAAGAAUAUCAUUCUCACGAGCGGCUGUGAAAAGGCAAUGGAGUUACGAGGUCCCUAUGAUGUGGCAAACUUAGGCAGCCUACUGAACCUGAAUGCUGCCCAGUCAAAGGCUGCAGUGACCUUAAACUGUGAGGCCCUGCUAAAACACUCAGAAUCUCGAAGACUCAACAAAUCGGUUUCCAAGGUUGAGAAGCUGGAGGAAAUCCCUGGCAACGAGACAUGGUUGUUGGACAAACUGAGGGUUCAUUCAAGUCUUGAGAGUGUGAAUGGAGGAUCCAGGGACAUAGCUGGUAUUCAUGGCAUCGAUUCUAGUGACGAGGAAACAAGUGUGGAUGGACCAGCAGCAAAGAAAAUAAAACUUGUACAAACCUGAACUUCGUAUUCAUAAUGUUCAGACAUAACACUAUUUUCGCGUGAAUAUUAUUUUAACUGUCGUGAUUUUCUGUUAGCGCAUUAUUUACACAUUAAAUUGUCCUUAAAGUU